AUGUCGGAGAAGAGCGUGGAGGCAGCGGCCGAGCUGAGCGCCAAGGAUCUGAAGGAGAAGAAAGAGAAGGUGGAGGAGAAGGCGAGCCGGAAAGAGCGAAAGAAAGAAGUGGUGGAGGAGGAGGAAAACGGAGCCGAGGAGGAGGAAGAGGAAACCGCUGAGGACGGAGAAGAAGAGGAUGAAGGGGAAGAAGAAGAUGAGGAAGAAGAAGAUGAUGACGACGAGGGGCCGGCGCUGAAGAGAGCUGCUGAAGAGGAGGAUGAAGCUGAUCCCAAGCGGCAGAAGACAGAAAAUGGGGCAUCGGCAUGA